UUCGGUUUCGCAGAACAGACGAUGGGCAACGAGGCGGAGGAGUCGCGGGUGGAGAAGGAGUUCUAUGUCGUGUUUGUCCUGGAGCCCGACGGGUUCCGCCAUCGCAUUGCUGCGACGGCAAACUCGACACUGAAACAGAUCAAGGAGCAAGUCAUCUCGGACCUCAAACUCACGCAGAACACCCUGCUCAUUCCCGAGCUCGACGAAGCAUGUGCGGCGAAUGGAUGCCAUCCCGCCGACUUUACACUGUCCCAUGCUGGUUUGGUUCUCAACAGCGAACAGGAAAUGAUCCUCAACGCAUCCGUGGUGGCUAAGAAAAUUGGAUCGAGCGAAUACGUGAUGCCGUCUGAAAUCGAAGUCACGGUUGCAUCGGACAACGGGGCACCCCUGACUACGUUCACGGUGCACAUACUCAAGUUUACCGGCCACAAAUCAUACUUGGGUGGAUACAGACACAAAAUCACAGACCAAGUGUUUCACCAUGCGUCCGCGCAGACGGUGGUGACCAAGCAAAAGUUCCGCCGGGGUCCUGCUCGAUUCCAUCGCGAAACGCAAACGCACAAGACCGUGACGAAAACGGCGCAGACGGUGCGGGAACACGGCACCCAAAUGACUCGAUGCGACUUGUUGGUGGAUACGAAAGGCGACCGCGAAGUGAUGCCGAAAACGUACUUCAAUUCGGCGCAGCUCGAGUGCCUGCGCAUGGAUUCGUGUUUGCUCUUGCAGUGUCAUUGGCGGGCGUACCGCGCACGAUGCUUUGUGUACUCAAUCCGACAGAAAAAGCUCGAGGUGUACUCGAACGACGAGCGGUUCGCUGUGGAGACCAAGGCGAUGCUGGCCGUGAAACAGCGCAAGGAAAUCGACCGUCGCAUGCAUCCGAACUCACAGCACGAUUUUGAAGUUCUUUACAACGAACUGGAUCAGUGGCGGUUGUAUGAGACGAGGAAGGUCGAGGAGGUUGGCAUGACGGACAAGGAGAGAACGGCCGCGAUGGCGGCGAUCCUGGCCAAGGAGACCAAGCUGUUGCAGACCAUCGAUCGACUGAAGAGCUCCGCGACGUCCAAGAACCGCAACGCUCGCAUCGAAGCCAUGCUGGACGUAUUAUCGCGGCCCAAGCAGUGGCAGAUGAGCGACGGCAUUAUCAAGCCUGUGGACACGCCGUUUACGGUGCGCGCAAAAGAAUUGAGCGAACUGUAUCAUGGGCUCAAACUCCCGUUGCGCAACGUGGAAGAGCGUCUCGAAGUGCUGCUGCAUGUGAAAUGGACCGUGAAGGAGUUCGAGUGCGCAUUGACGAGGGAGCUUAUGGAGCUCAUCGAUCGGGAAGCGGACAUGCUGAAUCGCGGGCGACCCGCGCAGUCGGUGGAAGGCCUGCGCAAGCGCAUCUCAAACUUGUUCUUGCAGUUCAUCGAGAACCCGACGUUCAACCCCGAGGCCGCGAGUCUGCGCAAUAUCCUCGGGAAUUCAUAAACACAGGUUAUGUAUGCAAGUACUUAUCACGCCAAGUCGGUGACUUCGUGGUCCGUGCCCGCGUUCGGGUUUUGGAUCACAAUCAGCGCGUACUCUUUGUCCGGCGCGAUCAUGAUCUCGUGCUUCUUGGAUCGGAUGCGCAGAAACGUCAUGUCGUUGCUCGGGUCCAGCGUCCGAAUGGUGCUCUUCGCCUUGGCCGCCAGUUGGGACAGCAGCGCGGCGUGGUCGAUGGCGAACUCGUCGUCGUUCGUGCUCGAGUAGAUGGGCACGCCGUCGUUGUUGACGAUGAGCACGGCCUGCACGCCCUUGUGGCUCUUGAUGCGCUUGAUGGUUUCCUCGGCUUCGUAUCCAGACUAGGCACAUGCAUGAACAUCAUCAUCGCAUUCCUCAUACUGAUGUCAUGGAAUCCAUCAUACCAUCCUGCCACGGUCG